AUGCCUGUUCUAGUGGACAUGCUCCCCGGCCUUCGGUUCAACGCGCCCAGUGAGGCUGUUGUGAGCUUGUGUGACGGUACGGUGCGCACCACAGAUGCUCCAUACAGUAACGGCUCUGACGUCGAAGGGUUUCACAACCACGGCUACCCCGCCGGCAGCUUCGUCUACAGCCUGUUGUCACCGUUUCCGAAGCACCCUGGUGACCGCGUGGUGUGUACCGCCAUUUCGAACUGCCACGGGCUUGACGACCUUUUCUUUAUGACGGAUGAGAAGAAGAAAUUUGUGCGCAUCGGACAUAAGCCGAAACAAAUAGGGACCGGAGGACCGGCACGAAAGUCGGAUCGACGACAUUGUCGAGGUAGACCACAAAGGACGGGUGAGCCAGAAACGUGCCAUGGGGUGUGA